AUGCGAAAUCGAAGAAGGAGCUUCGAAUAUGAGCUCACGAUGGCGGGAAGUGGCGGAAUCAUCGGAAAUCUUGAGAACAGAGAUGAAGGAGUGAUUAAUAACCUUAUUGAUUUGGAUGACCCUUUGGGGAAUUUCCCAAACAACCUUAUUGUUGAUGUUACUGAAGAGACAAAGUUAUACCAUGAUCUUGUUGAGCCUCAAGAGGAUCUUAUUAUUGAGUUAGAUAAAACUGAUAAGAUGUAUCAUGCUCUGGAUGAACGUCUCAAGGAUAUGGAAUUUUCCAAGGUUUCUAACACUGUUAUGGCUCCUAGUCGUGCUCAGCUUCAGAGUAUGGCCUAG